CAACACAAUAUUAUUGGAAGAAUCGAACAAGAAAUUAAGACUUUCUGUUGUGUUGUGUUGUUAUUUUCCAAUCUCAAUCAUAUUACACACUGUCCCUAACCAAAACAAUUCAACAAUAUAGAAAAACCGAACCCCUAAAAAAAAAUACAAAAACUGAAAAACAAAAUCACAAAAAACAAAGGAGAAAAAUAAGAAGGUUCAAGUUAUUGAAUCAUUGGUGAAAAAGGGUAGGUGAAAGGUGAAAUUAAUCACCUUGACCCUCCUAACCCUUUUGUUUAUCAAAGUGUUGUUAGGAACAAAAAAAAAAACAAAGAAAAGAAAGAAAUUGAUAUGAGGGUUUUGAAAAAAGCAACAGGAGUUAUCAAAGACAAGAACAGCAUUUGGGUAGCAAAGUUCUCAAGAAAGGGUUCAUGGCGCAAUGCUGAUCUUGAAACCAUUGUAAUCAAAGCAACAAGCCACGAUGAAAACCGUAUCGAUUGUAAGAACGUUCAGAGGGUUUUCAAAUGGUUAAAAGUAUCUCCUCUUUAUUUGAAACCUAUUGUUUGGGCUCUAUCUAUGAGAAUGCAAAAAACUAAGAGUUGGGUUGUGGCCAUUAAAGGUUUAAUGCUCAUUCAUGGCAUUUUCUGCAUUGGUAUCCCUUCGGUACAAAAAAUGGGUAGGUUACCAUUUGAUUUAUCAAACUUCAAUGAUGCGCAUUUGAAUCCUUCAAAAGCUUGGGGUGUUAAUGCUUUUGUACGUUCUUAUUUUGCUUAUUUGGAUCAAAAGUCGGCUUUUGUUUCCUCCGAGCUUAAGAAUUUGGCGAAGAACAAUAACAAGGAUGUGGAAGUUGAAGAGACGUUGAUGGAAGAGCUUGAGAAGUUGCAAAAGUUGCAAAUAAUGAUUGACAUGCUUUUACAAAUCAAACCAAGGCAUAUGAACAACAAUAUGAAUGUUGCUCUUAUUCUGGAAGCAAUGGAUUGCAUCAUUGUUGAGGUUUUUGAUGUUUAUAGUAAGUUUUGUGACAGGAUUGCAGGGGUUUUGUUGAGAAUAUACGAUGUUGGUGGAAAAAUGGAAGCUUGUGUUGGGUUAAAGGUUUUGAAAAAAGCAAUUGUUCAAGGGGAAAAAUUGGCUUAUUAUAUUGAGGUUUGUAGAGAUAUCGGUGUCCUUAACGCUUCUCAAUGUCCUGAGAUUGAAAGAAUCUCUGAAGAAGAUAUUCAAGAUCUUGAGAGGAUAAUUAGUGGUGCUUAUUCAGCUAAGAAAAGCUUGGAGGGUGCUAAUGAUGGUGUUGAAAAUGAGAAUCAAGACAAGUCCAUUGUUGUAAGAGAUUGCUUGCAGCUCAAGGAAUCAAAAAAUGGUUUGACAACAGUGAUUACUCACCAAUGGGAGGUAUUUUAUGAUGACAUAUUGGUUGAUGAUGUUAAAGGAAAUAGUGUCAUCAAUGGAGAAAAGGGUAACAUUUUCAUAACAACCAACCCCUUUGAGGAAUCAUAUAGCAUGGUACCUUAUUGUCAUGUUCAAGUUAAUCACCAAGUUCUUCCUGACCUAAUUAGUUUAUAGAAGAAUUAACUUGUUAUCCUCCAACUCAACUUAUGUGUUAGGAAAAUGUAUUGUAUCUGAAAUUUGUGUUAGGAAGAUGUAUUUUUAUGUGAGAUUAUGUUGUUACCCUUGAUGUUGUAUGAUAUUAGAUACUGAAAUUACAGAGAAUUUCUUGCUAUUGAUGUUAGC